AUGACUGAAGUUGAGCAAGAUCAAAAUUCUAUUAAAGAAGUUGAGAUUAAAAAGGCUCUUGCCGACCCAACCAAGAAGAGAAAGGCCGAAGAUGAGAUUGAAAUUGAUUUAAAAGGUUCUGUGCCACUAUCUAAGAAGCAAAAACGUUUGUUGAGAAGGGGCAAAGUUACUUUAGAAGAGCUAAAUGCCAAGUUUAAUAUUGACCCAACUUCGGUGGAAGAGUUCAAGAAAGAAAGCGAAGUUAAGGAACAAGCGACCAAGGAAAAGCCUGAAAGCUCAUCGGCUGAUGGUGAGCAGCCAACUGCUGAUAAAAAGGACAAGAAAUACGGUGUCUGGAUAGGAAAUCUUUCUUUCGACACUACGAAGGAAGAUCUGGUGAGAUUCUUCUCUGCAAAGACUAAGGAAUCAGAAGAUGGUGCUCAAAUUACCGAAGAAACAAUUGUUAGAGUCAAUAUGCCACUCGCACAGAAUGACGGUAAGAAGAUCAGAAAUAAAGGUUUUUGUUAUAUGGAUUUCGAAACCACUGAACAAAUGGAGGCUGCAAUCUCUCUGAGUGAAUCACAUUUGAACGGUAGAAAUUUACUGAUCAAGAACUCUAAAAGUUUUGAUGGCAGACCAGACAAAAACGACCUUGUCUCGUUGUCCAAGAAUCCUCCUUCUCGAAUUCUUUUCGUUGGUAACUUGUCUUUCGAUACAACUGAUGAACUACUGAAGAAACACUUCCAACAUUGCGGUGAGAUUGUCAAAAUUAGAAUGGCUACUUUUCAGGACAGUGGGAAAUGCAAAGGGUUUGCUUUCGUGGAUUUCAAAGACGAGGAAGGUGCAACUAAUGCUUUGAAAGACAAGGGCUGUAGGAAGAUUGCACAAAGACCUAUUAGGAUGGAAUAUGGUGAAGACAGGAGUAAAAGACAGGUCAAGAGGAGGCCUCAGGAAGAGCCAAGAAAAUCAUUUGAUCUCCAAAAUAACAAUGAAAGAAAGGCCCCAGAGCAGAAGAGUGUCCCAUCUUUAACAUCAAAAAAGAAUAUACCGCCCGCUAAAAAGUACAACAAUAAGAACGCGUUUGUUGAUUCAAACAACCGUCUGAAAAGUAGUGUGGCUCUUGCAUCAGCUCCAAGAGCGUCGGCUGCAAUUGUGCCUUCCACAGGUAAGAAGGUCAAAUUUGAUUGA